AUGGCAACAAAUAACACCUCUGCGGAAGGUGCGUAACGUUCUAACUGAAUAAUUUACUUUUCUUCGGAUCAGUUCUAUACACACAAACUUUUCGAAUUAAAACAAAAAAUAGUUUAACUGACCCUUCAUGAAACAUAUCUGCCCACCGAAAACAUCAAGCUUAAAUAAAAUUGCCAAUCUGUCCCCAAGAGGAAAAAAGAUAAAACUGUGAAAUGAAACUUUAACCUUAUACCACACGCACACAUAGCAUUUUAAUUUUUAUAUCAUAACUUUUAUUGUUACAGUAGUUUUAUGUAUGGGUUUUGUCAUAAGUGUCACCUAAAUUUAUUUCUUAACGUCCAUUUAGAACAAGCCAUCGCCUACUCUUAACUAUAACUUAGCUUAAGGCCGUAUGACUUUUCUCGCUAUUGUUACUGAAUUUUAAAUCACUCAGGCCCAAUACCUUGAAAGAAGCAGAUAUAACGAGAGUUUCGUUGCUGGCUAUUUAAAAUAGAUUUAGAACAUGGUUUGUUUUCAGGGAAAUUUUGGUAAAAUUUUAUUUUAAUUGGAAAGAAGUCCUUUUUUUCUUGCAAAUGUCUUUUUUGUCUUUAAAAGUAAGUAGUGUAUUUAAAUUUUAAAUUAAACUUUUGUCAUGUGGCGAUCAAAUUGUACAUACGACGACAGAGUUUCCCCUCCGUUUGCUCUUCGUGUCAUUUUUCCUGAUGGAAAUUAAGAGGUAAAAUGCAAUGGAAAUGAAAAAUUUAUACAAGCACAGCUCCUAUCUAUUUCCAAAUGUGGAUUUUUUUCAUAAUAGUGUUUGGUAGCUACUGAAAACAUAACUAAUUUUAUUACCGUAUGAAAAUUAAAUGAACAAAAGCUGUCAUUUUUUUACGAACACCCAUUAAUAAAAAGAUGUCAGGUUUUGAAUAAUUGAAGCUUACCGAAAUUUAUCUCACAACAUAUUUUUUUUUUCAUAGAAAUCGGAAAUGAAAUUUAAAAAGAUAUAGAAAGAGAUGUAUUUGAUACACAUGAUUUUUCCCUUUUUUACCAUCAAGGGAAAAAACACAAAGAAAUAUCAGUUGUAGAUACGUUAUGAUGUAAAUAGGUCUCUCACGCGACCAACUGCUCCUGUUAUCUAACUUGUUUCAAUUCAUACUUGCUGUAUUCAAUAUCAAGUUAAUAUUCUAGGAUAUUCUCAUCUUACCGGAAAAAAAGCUUUCUGUUGAAAUUUUGCCAUGUAGACGUUCUCCGACUUUUAUUAAAAAUGGCAGAUAAAAGCAGGUCGAGCGAGGCGAAGAUUGGCAAAUAAUUCUUGCCAAAGCCGAUUAGGAGCGAUGCGAAUUUCGUGGUGUUUAAUUGAACUAUGUGACGUAGAUCUCUUUGAUCAUCGUUCACGUAAUCAAUACUGAUUUUGUUUUACGUUUUUUCUCGAGACGUUGAAUGGUUUAAUUUACAAAACCAUAAAAUUAUUUUUCAUACAGUUACUAACUAAAGUGAUGUGACUGAAGUUCACGUGUUUCUUACUUAAAACUUUUUCCCAGAUGCAUCUGCCAUGUACUGACAAAAAGUGUACUAACUGCAAAACUAAUGAUUGAUUUCUCGGCAUUCCACGCCUCCUCAUUUCCUUUCCAGCAUGAUGAAUGUUGCUCGUGAUCAUCUUCUUAGCGUCUGCUCGGAACGCUGCUUUUUGACUCUUCUUCACAACGUUCCGGUUCGUAAAGCUGUAAAUCUAGCCUGCGCGUGCGUAGCAGUUGGUUCCUUCGCCUAUGCGAAUACUGAAUUGCCAGUAUGAAUGUUUUUCGUUCGUGUUUCGUAAAAUUACACAAAACAUCGGUAAUAUAGAACCUAAAAAGAAACAGCCACACGAAGAAGCAAUCAGUGUCAAAGCCGAGCUGAGGUUCAACGAAGAAACGAUGUUUUAAAAUUUAUUUCAUUUUCUUUACUCCUUUUUAUAACAAUAUCUUCCAAAUGAAGUUCACUUUUUGGAACUAUCGCAAGUUUUUCCUCUAAGCUAUAAUGUAGUACUUCGGGGAACGUGUAACCUUGGAUCAGCUUUUCGGGCAGCUGUAUCUCUUACUUAACGAAAUUCAAACGAGAUUGAUUUUCAUUCGCGCUCGCGUUUCGCUCGCGCUGCUAUCCAUGAGGGAAAGUGAAGGACUAAUCGUAGUCUUCUCGCAAAAAAACCGCCUGGUACGUAAGCUAUUGAAAAUCGCUUACAGUGCAAGCUAGUUUUAAUAAUCAAGCUUUGGAUAUGUUUUUCUUUCAGGUUUAAUAAAUGCAACCCAAGCCAGCCCCACCCUCUCCCCACUUCAAAAGGGGGUUACUGUGUGGAUGACUUUGGCCUACGUUGUGAUCUUUGUAUUUGGUUUCUUUGGUAACGCAUGCGUUAUAUACAUCGUGGCUACUCAAAGGAGAAUGAAAAGCACUUUCAAUUUUCUGAUUGUAAACAUGGCUAUUGGGGAUUUUCUUGUUUCACUGUUCAUCAUGCCAACAGAGGUAAGCGUUUUGGGGGUUUAAAAAUCAAGAGCUACAUGUCACAAGUUUUCCAAUUAAUUGCGUUUUCUUCGUCAAUUACGAGGUAUUAACAACAAAUCUGUAAAACAAAUCUCUUAUUUGCGGAAUUUUGACAACAAGACAAACAAAAGGGAAUUAAUGGCAUUUAUAAUAACUUUCACAAAAAUUAAAAUUAACACCUUGAGAAAAGCCGGGCUUGGGCGGUGGUUUUCUCGAAAUCAGCUUUUCGCGUAGACCAUCCUUAAGUGCAUUACAUUAUAUUUAAGAUGUAUUAGAAUUGCUUUUUUUUUUCAUCACCAUAUUUAUCAAUUGAUGGAUAGUUAUUCUUAAAAAUGGUGAAGCGCACUAGUUACGUACUUGAUAAAAACAUGCGUCCGUCGCAUAUAGUAUAACGGCUACGUUCACUGUACUGGAUAGCUUUUCGUGCAGACACGAAUACGUAAUCCGGUAUAGUGUGAACGGCAAGGGUACAGAACAAAAACAAGUCGUUCACACACAUCAAAGAUCGCGCCGGAGCGGAACGUGCCCCUAAUGACUAUAGCCUGAGAAAAUACCAGAUCUGGGUAGUGCUUCUGAUUGGCUGAAUCAAAUUUCCCACGCUGCACGACCAAUCAGAAGCACUAUCCAGAUCUUGUGAGUAGUGACGCGUCAUCAGCAUGGAAUUUCAGCGCUCGUUUCUCAGGCGUCAUUUGGCGGGGAAACCAGUGGUAGCGUCGCCAAAUGUCGGCUGUUUUCUCAGGCUAUAAUGACUAUGAAAUUAAUAGAGUUUCACCGGAUUAGUUCAUUUUCUUUCGUUUUCAGGUAAAAUUUCUUUACCUGGGACAGACCUGGUUCUCUGGUGGUUUUGGUUCCGUCACGUGCAAGUUCGUUAAUUUCGCUGGAGUAUUAUCCAUCGCUGCUACGGUCAUUACUCUUAUUUUUAUCUCAUUGGAUCGCUUCUUCGCCAUUCUUCAUCCGUUUGCGGAUGUCCCGGUUAUUCGCAACACCAAACUUGUGACAACCGUGAUCUGGAUAUCGUCGUCGUUGUAUUUUUCACUCUAUCUUGUGCUCUUUGACACUGUUCCAGAACCUGAUGGUAAGUGGCAUUGUAAAAUGGUGUGGAGCUAUCUCUCACAAAAUCGCAACACAAGGUUCCAAAUAGCCAGGGCCUAUUUCGUGACCCUGUUUGUCGUCCUUUAUUUAUUCCCCCUUGCCGUCAUAGCAGGGCUGUAUAUUCCCAUUGGUCGCCGCCUCUGGUCACGUGAGAUUCCCGGAGAGUCAACUGCCACACAAAAACGACAAAACCGUUCGUCAAAGCGCAAGGUACUGCGCAUGCUCAUUAUCGUCGUGAUGACCUUUGCACUUUGUUGGCUACCAAGUCACGUAAUGCAUCUGCUCUCAUACUUUUUCACCGAAGAAUAUCGCUCACUUCUUGCUGUUGGACACGUGGAAACCAGUUUCUACUUCUUGUCCCAUGCCAAUAGCGCAAUUAAUCCGUGUUUGUAUAUUUUCCUCAACCAAAGAUUUAACCACGAAUUCAAAAACAUUCUCAGAUGUAUAUGUUGUCGUCCACCUAAAGAUGACGUCAUCAAGGAUAAAUCAGUUUACCAGGCGUCUACAACUGGGGGAACGAUACUUCUGCGCAAACACAGUUCUUCCACUUAGACACCGAUAAGAUUACCCCCAGAGUCAGUAUAGUCAGCGGACAUAAAUUCAAUUUUGCUGCUGACCAAAAGUAUUGUGGACUAUAAAGUACGAUUACAGUCCUGAACUCACUCUUAAUGAAGAUCUCUAUAGGGUAAACACUCCCUCAAGCCCCGAUUUUUUGCUCCUGGCAUGGACAACGUCUCCGGCUCUAUGAAAGAUACUGCUGGUUUUCACGCCGUUUGACUUAGACAGAGUUGACUUUUUCACUAAAUAUAUACUUUUGGUCAUGGGAUUGUUACUUCUGAUGGUGCACCCCUAAGGUAAAGAAAAUAUCACCACUUGGUCCAUUCCUUUAAUAGCCAGUGGUCUCAGACUAGCAUGAAACCCCUGAUGCAAAGUAUAAGGAUGCAUAAGGUUACCUGUGCGAAGAUCGCACCCAGGCGUCAGAGCAUAACAAGUUAAUUAAUGUCAGGAUCGUGUAAACCUCUAUCAGCAUUCAGCAUUAUGAAUUCAUAAGCGCUACUAAGAUAAAGUAAUGAAGGAGAAAAGCUGUUUGUAACCAGGGACAAACUAGCUGAGUUCAAAGAGGCUUCUCUUAAAGUGAUAGCGUCAUCAAGCAAACAAAAAUUGCUUGUAACCGGAGGGAAAUUUACUAACAGUGCCUUGGUCUCUCUAAAAUUACAACAUUAGUUCAUAACAAAGUCUUUGAUCAGAGACGGCGAGGAAAGAAGCGAAC